AUGUCAACGCGCACCACUCUGCGCGACGAUUCGCAAGAACCUUCCACUUCCACGGCGAAUCCACAAUGGUGAGCUUUUAAGAUCAAUAUCCCAGUGAAAAAACGUGUUUCCAGCACGUAUUUGUAUAAAAGCUAAAAUGUCUACUUUUCAGUCCUCCAAGCAUCGCAGCGCUGCGUCGACGCGCGGAUAAUUUGAAGAAAUUCGAGAGAUUGAUCCCAAAAAUUCGUCCAGUGUCACUUUGGCACCUUUGUACGGCGAAACAACGCGGCAGGAGACUGCAAACACCUUUUUCAACGGUAAGAAUUAAGCUUUUCCCAUAAAAAAUGAAGAAAAUCGAUAUUUUUAGGAACUGCGGGCUCUACGAUUGUUUAAAUUCAGCACACUACUCAAACCACAUCAGGUAGGCGGCGGCCGGCAAACAAAUUAGAAUUUUCCACAUUUGCAGACUUAUUUGAAUGAUCUCGCUAGGAAAUUCGGCUCCACUUACGAGGAGUUGUGCCAAGAUUUGCGGUUUUUCGCCUAUUUUGUUGGUUUUUCGUAUUUUUGAGUGUUUCACUGUAAUUUGUUGAAUUUUAGCAAAAACAACCUGGUAUUCGAAACGAGGCCGCAUAUGAACUCUUUAAACACGUUGCUCAUUGUGUUAUUUAUUCGGAAAAUAAAUGGAAAUCGGAAAUCGAUAAGAAAACGUUGUACGACUCGGUGACGGCGAGACUUCUGAGCGUAAAAUCUCUUGAGCACGAGCAAACAAUGAAAAUGUUCAAUUUUUCAGAAGCGAAUAGAUGAAAAGGUAAAAGAAGAGGAUGUUGAGAUGAUGGAUACAAGCGAGAAAGCAGGACCGUCAACAGAAUCGCAAAAUGAGCGGGAAGUGACGCGGGGAGGAAGAAUUUCGUGGAGUGUUCGCUUGCCGGCGCUGAGCCGACCGUUUAAUACGGACCAGGAUGAGCACUUGGAGGCGAUGCACGCGAAGAACAAGAUCGGGUGCAAUGACUCAAAGUUCAACGCCGCCAUCGAGAAACUGAUGAGAACUGUGAUUGUUAACAAUCGAGGGGUGAGAAAAAUGGAAGAUUUUUUCAAUUAUUAAAACUGAAACAAUUCAGGUCCGUACGAAACCGCGUCAGCUGUCCGACAUCGAGUAUUACGGGGACGAUCAUGUGCUGGUGGCGGCGAAAGUCAGCUUCCGGAUCGAGAACCUCAUGCAGAUUGCCGACUUCAAGUUCCCGGACAUACACGCGGACGGCUACUUCCCGCCUGAAGUCACCGAUCGGCAUUGGUACCUGUACUCCGCGUACACCGAUGCAAACGACACGUGCAAGCGCGAGUUCGAUGAAGUUCGAAAGAACGGCCGUGGGCUCCGGAACGGCUUCGUGAAGACCAGUGCCACUUGCGACGAGCUGUACGAGUGGCACAUGGCCGGCCGACACAUUCACGGCUUUUUCGACGUGUGGGAAGAGUCGGAUCGGGGCUGGAAAAGGGCGGACGGAAAGUGGAUAUCGAGACGCUACCUCGUAGACAUAUACAAUCGCGUGAUGUUCCCGUUGUACGUCGGCUGGGAGGACUGGCCGAAGCCGUUGCGAUGGGCGUUCGAUAAGUACAGUUUGUAUGGGCUGCGCCUGAUGACGUUGAUUAGAAAGCACGCGAAGGGGCUCAGCAGCGUCGGAGACUCGUUGUUCAGCAAGUAUUCGAUUGAGGUGGAGAAGUGGAGCAACAAUUUGGCGUCGAACAAGAACAGGAAUCAGUAUUUGGUGGACAUUCAGACGGAGAACACUCGAGUGGUCGAAAGGUGUUUGGGAGGAAGUUCGGAUGGAAAUUUGGUAGGGAAAAAGGCGGGGAAUUUGAUAGAACUCUAAUUUUGCAGACUCCCGCGACCCCGCAAAACGAAGACGGAAGAAAGAGAAGGAGGAAGGGUCGAAAGUCGGAAGUGGACGGAGCGACGCCGGUGAAGAUGGCUCGAACUCCCCGGAAGCUGUCGGUCGCGGAACCGCUCAAGUUCACGACGCCCUCAACGUCGUCGGCUCGAUCGCUGAACCAGCAACAGCAGCAGAAAGAGAACAUGGAGAAGCUGAUGAUGAGCCCGCCGCCAGGAGUCACUACGGUAGCCGCGCUUGUCGCCGCCGCCGUCUCUGCCGCCACCACCACCGCCGCCGGAGCACUCCAACCACAGAGCGUCGAUCAGUCGUCGCCACGUCGCAACUCGCAAAGUGUGAUUAAGCGGCGGCACGAGGAGAGCACGUUCCAGCCGGCGCCGGUGCCCACAAAGAAGCCGUCGGUGGACAGGUGGGAGGAGCAGGGCAAUAUGGACGAGGAGCACGUCGAGGAAGAGGACGAAUCAUCGAACGGAGAAGGCGACGGACAGAGGGAGACACCCGGAGUGCCCGGAGGGAAUGUGUGGGUGCCAGCGGACAGAGGACGGGAAGUGGCGCCGGAGCAGUACGCAAAGGAGAUAUGCGAACAUUGUGAGUCGCCCGAAAAGUACCAUGGAGCGCAGUUUGAGUGGUUGCGGAGAACGAAUGGCUGCAAGAAACGUAGAGUCUAGACAGAAACUAACCCGUCCCCCCGGUGUUUUGUGCUCGUUUCCUCUUUUCCCUUUACCUCCCCCCCCCCCAAUUUCCUCCUAACUUUUUCUCUAUUCCUGCCACGUUGCAGACGGCAUCAAACGCGGUCGCUUCGACUAUCUUGACUCUGAACUUCUGAAAAGGGUUCGGCGGAAUUCUGCUGUUGCGCUUCCGCUUCCGCCUCCUUCGUUCUCCAUUCCGCCAGGACCGCUGGCUGACUUGGUGGCGGGUAUGAUGUUUUUUGAAAUUGAACCGAUAGAGGGGGGCGCGAUUUCUGAUGGUUUCCGUAUCGACAAUGUUGUGUUUCGUUUCAGACGGAGAAGGUGACAGACAGCAGAAUCAGCCGACAGCGCCGGCGCUUCCACCGCCAAAGGCGAAGAGACAACGCAGGGCAACGAAUCCGCCGAAGCAGAAUCCGCUUUCGACGCUUCUGUCUCCGGAAUCGUCGUCCACACCUUCCACGUCGACCACGCCCAUCUCGUUCCCAAUCAACGGAACCGCUCCGCACGGCGUUCCGCUCGCCAAACCAAGAAUACUGCCGACUCCGCAUCAUCCGGAAGCUCCACCUACCGGAGUUACCAAGUUUCCAGUGAAAGUGGUCGCGUCAGCCGCGCCGAAGACUCCCCACAUCCAGGCUCCCGCUCAGAACGGAGUCACCGUCACGGCGACAUCUCCUUCCGUUAUCGUGCCACGUGCCAUCAAUCUGGCCGUGCAGAAGAGAACUCCGCCGGCCAGGGUCCAACAGACGACGCCGCAGCAGAGAAGGCCUUGUGAGUAGCGGACAUUCUUGUUUUCGUAAAUCCUCGUCGAACAAGCUUCAGAUGUUGCUCGUGGACAGCGCCAGAUGGCGGACUUGCAGAACGGGAAUCGUCUUUUGCAGAAAACAGAAGAAGUGGAUGAGAAAACGAAGAAGACGAAGAAUUACCAUCCCGUGGAGGGCACUUGCCGACGGGCGUUGCCGUUCGGCGAACAAAGAAGUGAGUUUGGAGCAAUGAGAAGGAAUUUUCGAUUAGCAGGAUCAUCAGUCUGGGUUCGGAGUAUCUGUCUUGAAAAUUUCAGCUCGAUUGAUUGGGCUAUCCCAUCUAGAGAUAUACUGGUUUGAAUCUGAAAAGUCCUCACUUUUUGCAAAAACCAUGGAUCUUCCAAGCCAGAUACUUCAAACCAAGCCCGAUCUGAUAAUCGUAAGUGAGUCAGAAGAAGUCCCGCCCUGAAAAUCAGAAUUUCUGUUGAGAAACAACUCAUUUUUGCAGACUGCCCACUGCUUCCACACCGUAAGUUUCUCUCAUCGUCGUUCUCGUGCGUGUGUUGUGUUGUCUAACGCCUGUUCCUUUUCAGUGUGCCAGCAGCAGCACGAAGGUACGAGAAUGUCCUCGUCGGCGCCGCCCGUCCAAAUGCCCACCCCGCCCCCUGCCCCUCCGCAGCCAGUCCAGCGUUCGAUUAGCAGUUCUUCUCCGUCGGCGGGCGCGCCUUCAGUGCCCUACCGCCCACGCAGUUUCAGCAAUAACAAAGUUGGUACACCGACGACGGCUCCACCUUCAACGAUCACUCCAACACGUUCGGAGGCGGAGAGAAGUGUAGGCGCUCCUAAUCAUCGUUUGGACGUGCCAUGGUACGCUUCAAAUAAUAGGCAGGCACCUCCGUCGACGGGUCCGCUUGAGCAACAACACUCGUCCGGUCCGCUUCUUCUCUCACCGCCUCCCUCUACUUCUUCGACUCCCAGGACGAGGACAUCGUUCACUCCCAUGCCUUCGAAUCCACUAGGGUAAUCACAAUCACAAUACGUUUUCCGAGAAAAAAAACAGAAUUUUUCAGUGCCCAAAUGUUGGCUCAAAUGCAAGCCCAAGCGCUGGCUCAGGCCCAAGCUCAAUUCCCAGUUCUACCGUCGGGCCGUCCGUUCUCCGGGCAAACACGUACAAAGCUCGGAAACAUGACUCCUCAACAGAUCGGAGACGCAAUACGAAACGAGAGUGCUCGAUUCCAAGAGGGCGGCCAGGAGGGACCCACCGUUCGCACUUUCCUUUUAAAUUUUCAGCCCAAAAACUGA